AUGGCCAAAGUUUACACGCUGUAUGUGGGUGUGUUGGCAGGUUUGGUCUUAUACUCUGAGGCUGGCUGGAACACAACACAAGAGCCUUCUGCUAAUGUAACCGAGUGUCAUCAUCAGAGCAAUGGAGGCAACUGCACAGAUCAGUGGACCGGUCAUUUCUUGUCGUGUCCUGAACAACUCACUUACUACUGCAUCCACGGAGAGUGUCGUUACAUCAAAGAAAUGGAUCUGGCAUCGUGCAGGUGCCAUUAUGGUUUUUACGGCUCCAGAUGUGAGUUUCUGGACUUCGAUGCGCACAAAAUGGGAAAGCGAGAAAUCAUCAUCGUCGUCUGUGCAGUGGUGGGAUUGGUGCUCCUCAUUGUUUUAGUCGUCUUCAUUUGUCUCUUUACAUUUCGGAAAGGAAGACGUAGAGAGGAGCGAAGAAACGGCAACAAGCUGGACGUUAACUCGACGUUAAUUGCUGUUUCGACAGAAGAGCCACAUAAAGACGACUCUGUGUGA